UCCUCCUUUUCCAAGAUGUCGGUGUACGGGCCAGUGGUGAAAAUUCACCCCGUCGUUCUCUUUUCUAUCUGCGACUCUUAUGAGCGGAGAAAUGAGGGAGCGAGUCGUGUUAUCGGGACCCUUUUGGGUACCAUUGACAAGCACUCUAUUGAAGUGACCAACUGCUUCUCUGUCCCUCACAAUGAGUCUGAAGAUGAGGUUGCAGUAGACAUGGAGUUCGCUAAGAACAUGUACGAGCUCCACAAGAGGGUGUCACCCACCGAGGUCAUCAUCGGAUGGUAUGCCACAGGCUUUGACAUCACAGAACACUCAGUGCUCAUUCAUGAGUACUACAGCCGCGAGGCCACCAACCCCAUUCACCUGACAAUGGACACAGCACUGCAGAGUGGCAAGAUGAACAUCCGCGCUUACGUCAGUGCGCAGAUGGGUGUACCAGGAAAGACGGUUGGUGUGAUGUUCACCCCGCUGACUGUGAAGUAUAUCUACUAUGACACCGAGAGGAUAGGCGUGGACCUUCUGCAGAGGACACGUAUCCUUCCGAGUCGCACCAAGGGGUUAACCUCUGAUCUGUCCCAGGUGGCUGGCUCUGCAGCCAGGGUCCAGGACAUGCUGACCACUGUGCUUGCAUACAUUGAGGAUGUGCUGUCUGGCAAAGUGACAGCGGAUAACAGCGUGGGCCGCUUCCUGAUGGACCUGGUUAACAAGGUCCCCACCAUCCCAGCCGAGGACUUUGAGAACAUGCUCAAUUCCAACAUCAACGACCUGUUGAUGGUGACCUACCUGUCCAAUCUCACCCAGCACAGAUUGCUCUAAAUGAGAAGCUGGUGCUGCUCUGAGGGGAUUUCAUUGAAGUGAUUCAUAUUUAAUUUUUGUACACUUUUUUUUUUUUGGCUGAGUUAAAUAAAGACGUUAAACAGUCA